AUGAUGUGUAGACCUGACACUCAGCAUCGGGGCCCUGCUGCACAUUCAGAGAAUGAUCUUCCAGAGCAAGAGGAAGAAAUCCUGGGAUCAGAUGAUGAUGAACAAGAGGAUCCAAAUGAUUACUGUAAAGGUGGUUACCACCUUGUGAAAAUAGGAGAUCUCUUUAAUGGACGAUACCAUGUUAUUCGGAAGCUUGGAUGGGGCCACUUCUCCACUGUGUGGCUGGCUUGGGACAUACAAGGGAAGAGAUUCGUGGCAAUGAAGGUGGUGAAGAGUGCAGAGCACUACACAGAAACAGCACUGGAUGAAAUCAAGUUGCUAAAAUCGGUCCGCAACAGUGAUCCAAAUGAUCCAAGUAAAGAAAGAGUUGUUCAGUUAUUAGACGACUUCAAGAUUUCAGGAGUUAAUGGUUCUCAUAUCUGUAUGGUGUUUGAAGUUCUAGGGCAUCAUCUCUUGAAGUGGAUCAUCAAGUCAAAUUAUCAGGGACUUCCACUCCCUUGUGUCAAAAAAAUCAUCAAACAGGUUCUUCAGGGUUUGGAUUACUUGCAUACAAAAUGUCGAAUCAUCCAUACAGAUAUUAAACCUGAGAACAUUCUUCUGUGCGUCAAUGACCAGUACAUUCGCAGGCUGGCUGCAGAGGCAACAGAGUGGCAGAGAUCUGGGGCUCCCCCACCAUCUGGCUCUGCAGUGAGCACUGCACCACAGCCAAAACCAGCUGAUAAAAUAUCAAAGAAUAAGAAAAAGAAGUUGAAAAAGAAGCAGAAACGGCAGGCUGAGCUGUUAGAGAAGCGAAUGCAGGAGAUAGAGGAAAUGGAGAAGGAAGCAAGCCCUGGGCCAACACAGCCUGAAGAUGAGGAAGAAGCUCAGACCCCCCUGGAAACACUCAUAAAAGUUUGUCCACCAGAGGAAAAUGACAGCAAAAAGACAGCUGAAGUCCUUGUGCAAGACCAAUCUAAUCUAAUGGAAAGCAGCGUGGAAAAAUGUGUAACAGAAAUAAACUGCAAUGGAGUGAUACAAAUGUCGGACUUCACAGGCUCUGGGAAUCAAGGGUCUGUGCGACUUGAGGAUGACCUUCAUAAUGCCAAUGACUGUGGCAAUCACCCUCAUACACAGGAGACUGAGAGCUUCCAUAGCUGUAAUCACAGUCAGCGUAACAGCGACUCAGAGAACAGGCCUCAAGAAGCCCUGUCAGACUUGUUUGUGUCCUUAGUGUCGGAGGAUCCCAUGGUGUGCCAGCCCACAUCCAGCGAAGAGCAGUCACUCCGUGAGCAGAUUAACAAUUUUCAGGAACACAUCCAGACAGAGAUCCCUUCAGAGGACGAGAACGAGAAUAAUAGCCCAUCGGAUGACAAAGGAAAAUCAACUGCUGGGAAUUUCCUUCUUAAUCCUCUUGAGCCCAAGAAUGCAGAUAAGCUUAAAGUGAAGAUAGCUGACCUGGGAAAUGCCUGCUGGGUGCACAAGCACUUCACUGAAGACAUCCAGACAAGACAGUACCGAUCCCUGGAGGUGUUGAUAGGGUCGGGGUAUAACACCCCUGCUGACAUCUGGAGCACAGCGUGCAUGGCCUUUGAGUUAGCAACAGGAGACUAUCUGUUCGAGCCUCAUUCUGGGGAAGAUUACUCACGGGAUGAAGAUCACAUUGCAUUGAUCAUAGAACUUCUGGGGAAAAUACCUCGCAAGCUCAUUUUGGCAGGAAAAUAUUCCAAGGAGUUUUUCACCAAGAAAGGUGAUCUGAAGCACAUCACCAAACUGAAGCCGUGGGGCCUUUUUGAAGUGUUGGUGGAAAAAUAUGAGUGGUCCCAAGAUGAGGCAGCUGCAUUCACAGACUUCUUACUACCUAUGUUGGAGCUGAUUCCAGAGAAACGAGCUACAGCAGCAGAGUGUCUCAGGCACCCCUGGCUUAACUCGUAGAAGCUUCAAUGCGAUGCCACGGCGUUACACUCUGGUUUACAGCAUAGUCUACACACACCUAGCUGCCCUUUCUCAGAUCCCUUUUCCUCCUUGUUCACUUCCAGUGUGAAGUUCUUCCUUCACGGCUUCCAAGAUUAUAGAUAAAUCUAACCUGUUCUGCUGAAUUUGCUUGUGUGAAUUUAAUGGGGACUCUCCUCAGCCAGUGGGAUUCAUCCAUGUUUUGCCUUGAUUGGGCUUUGCCAAAGACUAAUUGACUAGAAUAUGAAGUUCUUCCUCUGUCUCCUCACUGUUAGGCACCGUGUGUUACAGAUGUGAGCUCGCUCAUGCUUGGAUAUGCUCCCUUACCUAAAUUUAAACUAUCCUUUCUUCAUAAGGGCCACGUGAAGAUCUGAGAGCUUUAUCUCGCUGACUCAGGAGUCAAUUUCCUACUAUUGAUUCAGCAGCUAGUGAUGGGGUGAGAAAUAACAUAUGGCAUUGAGGUGGUGCCAGAUCCUUGUAGAGCAAAGACCUUGAAAUCCUCCAUCACUUUCUAGGUGUCUACUGUAUUUGUUUUCCAGUUGCAAA